CAUUUAGCUCUUAAUUAUUUUCAAAAUUUUACCAUCUCUACUUGACAAUGUUAAUAUUGUAAAAAAAAAAAGAAUUAAAAUGUUACAAGAAAGUAAUUCAGCAACUACUGCAGUCACGAGAAAUGUUUUCAUUACUUCGUUAAUUUCAGGUGCCUUUGCGGGGACUAUGUGCGAUUUCAUAUCAUACCCUUUGGAUACGCUUAAAACACGAUUACAAAGUCAACAUGGUUUUUUUAAAUCUGGCGGUUUUAAACAAUUAUAUAAAGGUUUAGGUCCCGUAAUGAUAGGAUCUGCACCAUCAGCUUCCCUAUUUUUUAUAAGUUAUGAAAGUAUAAAAGUAAUGUUUCAACCUCAAAUACCUGAACAGUAUCACGCGUUUAUACAUAUGACUGCUGCGUCAUUGGGAGAAAUGGUUGCAUGUCUUAUUCGAGUCCCAGUAGAAGUAGUGAAACAAAGAAGACAGGCGCUUUUAAGUGAUGCCCAUAAAUUACCGUUGAGUGCUCUAUAUCGUGGCUAUGGAAGUACUGUUAUAAGAGAUUUGCCGUUCGGUUUAAUACAGAUGCCACUCUGGGAGUAUUUUAAACUUUAUUGGAAAAAAAACGUAAAACGUGAAUGCACGUCCGUAGAGAGCGCUAUCUGCGGAUCGGCGUCAGUUGCUAUAUCUGCGGCUCUUACAACACCUUUAGACGUUGCAAAAACUAGAAUAAUGCUGUCAAAUGUGACGGCAGGGAAAGAUGAAAUAAAAAUAUCCGUGAUGUUAAAUAAAGUUUACCACGAUCAUGGUUUUAAAGGACUUUUUGCAGGAUUUAUACCAAGAGUCGGUGGUUUCACAAUUAGUGGAUUCGUAUUUUUUGGUGUUUAUGAAAAAGUUAAAGAAAUUUGUACUAUAGUUUUUUCUCCAUAAUUUCACAAAAGAUAGAUUUAUAAAUAUAAGUCACGGUUAAUAUCUCGUCAACUGAUAUUAUCAUAUGGUUAAAAUAGUAAGAAAAUUGAGACAGAAGAUUUUAAAGAAAAUAAGGAUUUUUCACAUUGACUUUUGUUUAUGUCGCGAAAAAGUACAAAAUGAAAAAAUAAUUGCAUUUAUGUUAUAAUUACUAUUAAUAGAAAGAUAGACUCUAAUUCAUAAAUUUUGUAUUUGAAUUGAAAUAAUUAAAUUAAUCCAUGCUAUAAUAUAUUUAAAUAAAUGUUGGUACACACAUUUCAAAAAAAGAAAUAACGAGCACAAAGAAAUAUAAAAUAUGAAAUAUAUUUAAAAAUAAUCUUUAAACAUGAAAAUUUUCUUUGCAUUUACAGAUAAUAUGUCAAGUUAUAGCAUGCUACAUAUCAAUUUACAUUUGUGAUAUUAACUUGUACAAAAUAAUAUAAAAUAUAACAGACAAGAAAAAUAUGAUAAUUUUUAA